AUGUUGACUUUCUUUACUCGCGAACGCUUCGCAGUCCUUUAUGUGGCAUGCUUCAUAUUUCGACAAAUCACAGCGCACCUGGCGUACUAUCUUGGGUUGUACGACGAGGCCGAGGCCUCCAUCGAGCGGGCCCUCGAGCUCGGCCAUGAAGAGGACGGCAGCAUGCAGCUGCGCCUGGCCCGGAUGCACGUGCGCAGGGAGAAGGCCGACUCUGCCAACGCUGAACGGCACCUGCGCUCCGCCCUCGCUUCAUACAGCGAGGCGAUGAAGUUCGUGCGAGUUGCGUCUGAGGCCGUACACUACCUCGAGGUUACGUCCGUGUACCUCAAGCUGAACGAGACGCAGAGAGCAGCCAACGCUCUGUCAACAGUGUUGGUUCGAUGGCCGGCUCUUCUGGUGGACGCCGAGAACGACGGGCACGGCAGCGUGCCGGUAAUUGAGGGUGAUCGUGCGGAGGUAGACCUCCCCGUAGCCAGCAACGUCCUCGGCGGGGAAAGCAUUUUCUUGCAGAUGGGCUUCUGCUUCGAGACCCUGCGCCAGGAUAAGAUGGCCGCCGAAGCGUACCGACAAGCGUGGAACACCCUGCUCGAGCAACGCCAUGCAUCCGCAGCACCGGCAGGUUAUGGAGCCGUUUUCGCAAAGACCGCAAAGAGCGGUGGGGGAAAGGAGGUGGGGGUCGUCGGCGUCGAUGAGAUCGGCGCGAUCCUUAGGCAGGCUCAGCUGGCUCUCGCUGCCAGUAGCAGGAGCACGUCCGCGGCGGGGGGUCGAUCGCGGGAUAGCACCCCCGAGCAGCAGUUGCAGAGAAGCAAGGGGACCAGCUCUACCGAACGUCGUCCACCAUCUUCCGGACAACAACCAGACCAACAGGGAGUUGGAGGUGGCCGCGGCGGGGUGCCUUCCUCGCUUCCAUCAACAGCAGACUCCAGCUGUUUGGGGAGAGGAGGGGGGCGAGGGGACCAUGGCGAUAGCAGCUGUGGUGUGACGAAGAAGGAGACCGUCGUGGAUGCAGCAAAGGCUCGGGCGCUCGGGUUCGAGCUGUGGUGCAAGAACCCCUACACGUGGUUCAGUUUCGGGGAGGUUGUCCUGGAGGGCGGCUGCUACGCGCUUACUCUAGCCUUCUUGGCUAAGGCCGUCGCCUUGCUCCCUUCGGGCCUCCACCAGCAGGAAAAGGGACGCUUCGGCGACGCGCACUCUGCCGCCGAAGAGGCCCGAGAUCUCGAUCCUUUCGGAAAGGCAGUGCGUCUCCUCUGUCCGAGGCUCAUGGCGCUGCACAGCGUAGACGCGCGUUGCCAGUACACUCGCGAGAGCCAGUCAGCACUACGGGUCCAAAGGGCCUGGCGUGGGCACCGCGUGAUCCGCGUGCUACACGACUUGGUUUCCAAGCAAACCGCCGCUCUUCGCAUCCAGCGUUUCAUGAGGGAGUGGAGGAAGCACGGGUUCAUCCUCGCCCUACGACUGGUCGCUACCAGCGCGCUAGAACUCAGCAAGCUAGGCGCAAAGUACACAAAGGCCAUGGGCCUGGCCGCCCAAGCGGCCGCUGCGGACCGCCUUCAGGCGCUGACCGCGUCGGCGGAAGCCGUGCAGCGAGCGGCUCGCGUCCUGAUCGCGCACCGCAGGGUUUCCAGGCGGAAGGAGGCGAUCGCCGCUCUCCAGGCUUUCUGCCGAGGAUGCCGGUUGCGGUGGGCCCUGUCUGCGGCCUUCGAGGAAAGCUUACGGCUAGAAUAUGUCGCUCAUGAUCUGCGACAACAACGGGACUGUGGUGAUGGGGGUCGUGAAGAAGGUGCCUACACUUGCGAGGAAGGAGUUGAGCCAGGUCCUGAUCGUGAAGGCGUAGGGAACACGGACCGCGAAGGUAAGCGCGGUCCGUCAGCAGCGCCGCUACGGCCCCGGCACGGGGAUGGAUGUAAGCCGCACAAGGAGGAGGCCUUCGCGGGGUACAAUGCCCCUCUCAACGUGCAACUGGGAGUCAUCGCACGGCGCAACUUCCCCAUGGAUGCGGGCUGUGCUAAGGGUUUCCGCCCGCCGAACCUCGCGGCCUUCUUGUGGGAAAGUCGCGAGGAGGCGUACGGCUCGUGCUGUGCCGACGACGGCACGGACGACAACCCAACGCUCCUGGUCCCACACCUCGGCAACGAAACGGAGAGCCCCCGUUCUUACGUCGAUUCGGCUGCCCGAAGUAGCCACGGUGACGACGGUGCGGUGUUCGAAGCAUCCGCCACCGCAGUAGCUUCCUCGGCCUGCCGAGAGGACCCUGUCCGCAUGGGGUCGGAACAAAACGAGGUGGAUCUAGGCGAUUGCUCGCCGGACCAACACGGAGGCGGUCGGCCGCCGGCGUUUGAUGAGUUGCCGGCUUCGCCGGUGUCCCCGCUCCCGCUGCUGCAACCCCCGCGUUGGGUGCCGGCGACCGUGGCCCCGGAAGGAGCCUUCCACCGCGCGCUGGCGUGUUCGACGCUGAUCGUGAACAGCCCUUCGUUCGACUCAUCCAGCGCCCGCCGUCUCUUCUCGCGGAUGGGGAAGCCGAUACCCGCCGCCUCCCCGCCUAGAGAUGAACCCCAACAAGAGGCUGACGACGUGAAAGGGAUGGCGGCUGGAGUAAGAAGGGGAAAAGCUGAUCUAAAUCCAACACACGGAGAGGAAAAAGAAAAACGGAGGCUAAAAAAACACCCAGGGUGUCUUCACGCCAAUGGCCUCAAACACGUUUUGUUGGUGGGCGAGUCUCCGAUCGGCGAUGGGGGGUUGUCGGAGCUCAGCUCGGCGGUGCGAUGUGGCUGGUUGCCUAGGCUCACCACGCUAGUGAUUGGAGGGCCCGGGUGUAAGGUGGGGCCGCGCGGGGUGGCGGCCCUGGCGACAGCCUUGUCGACUUCCGGCUGUUCGCAGCUCCAGCACUUGUCCAUGAGCAACUGUUGCCUCGGGCGGCAGAAGCAACGACGUCGACGUCAUCACCACGGCUGCAAGACUUCGUUGUUAAACCCGGCGUCAGUCUCGGCGGAGAAGGCGGCGGCAGAAGCCCACGCCGCGUGGGACUGCUUCUUCAGGCACUUGCAGCGCCUGCCGUCGCUGGCAACCCUGUCGAUCCAGGACGCCGGCUUGGAGAACCGCGAUGUCCGGUCCUUGUCCAUAGCCCUGCAGAUACUGCCGGCCGACCGACUGCGGUGCCUCCGGCUAAACGGGAACUGCGUCGGAGAGUCAGGGUUAAGGAUGCUGUUGACGGCGCUAACGUCGAGGAGAAGGCGGCUACCGGCCUUGUGGUUGAGGAGGCAAAGGCCGGCGCUCGUGGAGAGCGGGGCGCGGGACAUUUUCGAGGGAGCGUUUCGAGAUGGGCUGUUUGCAGAGGUGGAAUUCGAGCGACCGUUCGAGGUCAUGGGGGGAAGGUCGCACCUCGCGCUGAUAGAGUGCACAACCGAGACGGAGGAUCUCGGGAGGCGCGCCCUAAAACACCCAACAAGCCACAUAUACAUCUAA